AUUGGUCGGAGCUGAGGUGAAACACUCCGGCUGGAGAUGUGAAUGGGAGAAUUCGGCUUCAUACGCUUUGCUGCAGAUCAUUCAGGGAUCGAUUUGGAACCCAAUUCCCGGGGACCGCGCUCGCACUUGAUAUUGCAGUUUCUGCCGUCUUGAAGUUACCAGUGAAACUUGACGAGAUAAACAGAAAAAGGGGGGAGCCAUCGACGGAUUAGCACCUUGACCUCCGCACGUGGUGUCAGAACCGCGUCCAGUGGAGCAUCGCGCGGCUGGUGCAGGACUGAAGGAUGACCGAGUGGAUCCGGCCCCUCGCCUCAUGCCACUAACGAUCACCUGUCAUUGACUUGCAGCGUCAUCAUCGGACCCUGAAUCUCGGAAGUUUCGCCUCAAGACUUGUUGUCGCCAGCGCUCUUGUGCGACCAUGUUGAUGAAGGAGUACCGCAUCUGCAUGCCCCUCACAGUGGAGGAGUACCGCAUCGGUCAGCUGUAUAUGAUCAGCAAACACAGCCAUGAGCAGAGCGAGCGCGGCGAAGGGGUGGAGGUGCUGGAGAAUAUGAAGUACGAGGACCCGCAACACGGACCAGGCCGAUUCACAGAGAAGCGAAUCUACCUCAACAACAAGCUUCCCAGCUGGGCCCGCGCCGUGGUGCCCAAGAUAUUUUACAUCACAGAGAAGGCCUGGAAUUACUACCCAUACACCAUCACAGAAUACACAUGCUCCUUCCUGCCCAAGUUCUCCAUCCACAUACAGACCAAAUAUGAGGACAACAAGGGAUGCAACGACCAUAUCUUCGACAGCGAGCCCCGAGACGAGGACACGGAAGUGUGUGUGGUGGACAUCGCCUACGACGAGGUCCCGGAGCGCCACUACAAGGAGUCAGAGGACCCGCGAUAUUUCCUGUCGAAGAAGACGGAGCGGGGUCUCCUGAAGGAAGGUUGGAUCGACACCCAAGACCCCAUCAUGUGCUCCUACAAACUAGUCACCGUCAAAUUUGAGGUCUGGGGCCUGCAGACGCGUGUGGAGCAGUUUGUGCACAAGGUGAUACGAGAUGUUCUGCUGCUGGGACACCGACAGGCUUUCGCCUGGGUGGACGAGUGGAUCGACAUGACCAUGGAGGAGGUCCGGGAGUUCGAGCGGACCACUCAGGAAGCCACCAACGAGAAGAUCGGCAGCUUCCCUCCGACCAUCGCCAUCACAGAGACGCCUCUGCCUUCCUGCGCUCGCAGUGGGCCCAACAGCGCCCCCUCCACCCCUCUGACCACCGAAGCCCCCGAGUUCCUGACGGUCCCGAAGGAGCGACCGAGGAAGAAGUCCGCUCCAGAGACCUUGACCCUGCCCGACCCGGGACGAAGGGAUUCCCUUUUCAAGUUGCCCAGCUUCUUCUCCUGGAACUCCAGUCCUCAGCCUGAAUGAGGGAGGGGCUGCCCCCCGAGACCACGCCCCUUCAGCCAGCUGGCAUGUGGCCAGUGUCACAGCAGACUGUCAGGCAGCUACAGAUCCUGCAGGUUGUCCACCACCCACUGAGGGUUUCCAAGAAGCGGUCUCUUCAUUCUUCCUUCUGAGUGUCCAGUAGGUGGCGCCAGUUCAAACGAUUGAUUGUAGCACUCUUAAACAAAACACCGACCCCAGAACAUCACCUUGAGCUCAGGGUGUCCCGACUGUGUUGUGCCACACAGCAAGUCGACCUGUACAAACAAUGUGUUUAUUUCUUUAGAUCUCUUUGUUAGUGAAGCUGGCGUGAACGCUAAUGGUUCAAAACAUUAUGACCACCUGCCAUAUAUGUAGCUUAUGUCACUCCAGUUUCCUCCCACAGUCCAAGAACAUACAGAGGUCAAUCGAUGACUCUAAAUUGUCAGGGUGUGAGGUUUGGUGUUGCGUACGAUGGAAUGGUGACCGGUCCAGGGUCAACCCCCCCCGAAAUCCUGGGCAAAAAAACCCAAAUAUCAUACUCAUCUCUGAACAUAUCUGACCUCCAACCUCUUCCUGUCAGGCUCCACUUCAAACAUGCCUCUCUCUGGCUCUCAGUCGUGAUGCAGGGCAUCCUUGAUUCCCACUGAGCUUCACACUCUCUCCACUGGAGGGCACCCACAAACACUAGCUGCAGACUUGUAGACCCUACAUACUAUGUUCUGUCACCUUCUAUCUGGACCAGCAUUUAUUUUCUUUCCACUACAGUCCUUGGACCACUUUUAUCAGGUACUGACCACUGCUGAGAAAGCUAUAUUAAGCUGGUGGUCAUAAUGUUGUUUUUGUACUUCAGAGAGCCUCAGAGUAUUAUGAUUCCCAAACAGGUGUACAAAUUGUAAAAACACUACGAUAUAAGUAUCCAGUGCUGCUGCUGCCGAAGUGAAGUGCUACGUUGUGUUGGUCAUCUGCGACUCCCUCGGUGUCUUUAUAUGACAUCAGUAACUGCAUGAUUCGGAGCGCGGGAGCGACAAGUGCUUGUGAGUUUCAUGUGUCUUCAUACUUGACGUUGUGUUUAUACUGAGGUUCUCUGCCAAAAUCACUUGAGCUGUAUCUCAUCAUCGGUGCUGUCGUUUUGCAUUCAGUUGGAAUAAAGAAGAAGAAACUUGUGUGUCAUGCCUGGAGAAGCUGCACAAGUAAAUAGGUUUAUUAUUAUUUAGUUAAGUUCCAUUUCAAUUUGGCUGUUUAAAUUAUUAUUUUUUUAUAAUUCAUUUUUCAAUAUUAUUCUUGCCUGUUUAUGUUGAUAUUUUCCCCAAAUAUAUCCAUAUAUGAAUUGUUAUGGUUCAAAUUCUAAUCUUUUGAAUAUACAUUUUUCAAUAUUUUUAAUAUUUUUGUCUAGUUUGUUUAAUUUUUGUUUGUUUCAUUUGUGCUCUAAUUUAAUUCAUAUCCAGCUAUUUUUUUGUCCACGACCACCA